UCCUCUCCACAGCUCUUUCUUUUUUCUCGAGACCGAGGUAAGAUUUCUUUGCCUGUUAUCUGCAGUCAUCGACGAAACUAUAUUUUGUAUCAAGAUGGGUCGUCGUCCGGCUCGUUGUUACCGGUAUUGCAAAAACAAGCCGUACCCCAAGUCACGGUUCUGUCGAGGUGUCCCCGACGCCAAAAUUAGGAUCUUUGAUCUUGGUAGGAAGAAGGCAAGUGUGGAAGAUUUCCCUCUGUGCGUCCACUUGGUGUCCGACGAAUAUGAACAGUUGUCUUCCGAGGCAUUGGAAGCUGGUCGUAUUUGCGCCAACAAGUACUUGGUGAAGAACUGUGGUAAGGAUGCUUUCCACAUCAGAAUGCGAGUUCACCCUUUCCAUGUCAUCCGCAUCAACAAAAUGUUGAGCUGUGCUGGAGCUGAUAGGCUCCAAACAGGAAUGCGUGGUGCCUUUGGUAAACCCCAAGGUACAGUUGCACGAGUACACAUUGGUCAACCCAUCAUGAGCAUUCGAUCUUCUGACAAGUACAAGGCUGCUGUCAUCGAAUCGCUCCGCAGAGCCAAAUUCAAGUUCCCCGGUCGUCAAAAGAUUUACGUAUCAAAGAAAUGGGGAUUCACCAAGUUCGAACGUGGCGUUUAUGAAACCAUGAAAGAAAACGCUCAACUUGAACCUGAUGGCGCAAACGUAAAGUACCGCCCAGAUCACGGUCCCUUAGCUGCGUGGUAUAAAUGGCGUACGAUUUUCAGCCAACAAUAAUUUGUUGCCCAAUUCAUCUUGUUUUUCUAUUACCAUCCUUGAACUUGUUCAAACAGAAUAAACAAUGAUGAAAUCAUUUA